AUGGCCGCCGCUGCAGUUCAACCACUAUCACUUCCUGGUCCCCCGGGCCAACCAGACAUCGCAUACACCCCUAAUUACGAGAACUACUUGGCUCGGAUAAAACGUCGCCAAGAGCAGGAGAGACUCGAAAAGACAUUGCCAGAAGGCUUCCCCCAGAGACUCAAGUCGAAGCUGGUCUGGGACGGCAAGACGUUGGCUGAGCACUAUGACUGGAACUACGUUCUUACGGAGGACGAUCGAAAAGAGAUGGACGAGGCACUCAACCACUUCAAGUCUUUAAAGAAGCCACUGGGCGAGAUUAGCCAAGAGACUUUCCCUUUGCCCAAACUCACUAAGACCCUCCGCGCGAUCUCGGACGAGAUCCACAACGGCCAUGGGUUCAAGGUCGUCCGCGGGGUGCCCGUCGACAAGUACAGCCUUGAGGAGAACAUAAUCAUCUAUGCUGGAGUCUCGUCCCACGUGGCGCCGGUCCGCGGUCGACAGGACACCCAGUUCCAAGGCCAGCCGGCAGACGUGGUGCUCGCACACAUCAAGGACCUCACGAAAGUCGUCGACGCCCAUCGGAUCGGGGCGCCGGCGUACACCACGGAGAAGCAGGUCUUCCACACGGACGCGGGCGAUGUGGUUGCGCUCUUCGCCCUCGGCGAAGCCGCCGAAGGCGGCCAGAGUUAUCUGUCCAGCAGCUGGCACGUCUACAACGAGCUGGCAAGGACCAGGCCGGAUCUGAUCCGCACCUUGGCCGAGCCGUGGGACGCCGAUGAGUUCGGGAGAGGCGGCAGGGCGUACAGCAGCAGACCCCUCUUGCACCAUCAACCAGCAGCUGACGGCAAGCCCGAGCGUCUCAUCAUUCAAUACGCUCGACGAAUCUUCACCGGAUACUGGGGCCUGCCGCGGUCGGCCGACAUCCCGCCCAUCACGGAGGCGCAGGCCGAGGCCCUGGAUGCCCUCCACUUCCUCGCCGAGAAGUCCGCCGCCUCCCUGGACUUCCACAAGGGCGACAUCCAGUACGCCAACAACUUGAGCAUCUUCCAUGCCCGCGGGGGGUUCGUGGACUCUGACGAGAAGCAGCGUCAUCUGAUCCGGCUCUGGCUUCGAGACCCCCAGAAUGCUUGGGAGACCCCCGAGGCGCUGAGAGACCGCUGGGAUCGCGUCUACUCCGGCGUGACCCCGGAGAAGUCUGUGUUCCCCCUUGAGCCCCAAAUCCGCAGCGCAAGCCAAGGGAAGUCCAAGCCUGAGGAGAGUGCCAGCUCGGCUUCCUGA